AUGCCUCGCCUUCGACCACAAUCAACCGCACAGUCCAGAGUCACAAAAAGAGUCGAACAGCAGGAAAUUCACGAUGUAUUUACCUCGGGAGAACAAGUUCUAAACUCUUUGCGAGUGACAGACGUCCAACAGCUAGUGGCCAAUCUUAUAAAACUCAGAAACCAAUGGACAAUCCGUAAUCACGAGCUGGGCGCCAUUUCUUCAGACGAUACACGGCUUUUAGUAGCAAAGGAUUAUCUCGCUCGGUCGCCGUCAGCCGCAGAGGUAUUCUCUGCCUGGGAACUACUCUCAAAGCAAAGUAUCGUCCACCAGCACCUUGCCCUCGGUGUAUUCGCCUCUUUGAUUAACCUCCUUUCAACCCAAUAUGCGUAUCAUAACCUUGGACUUCCCAUCGUCAAAACACUCUUGUCUCCGACCUCGAGCCGGAGAUUGAAUUCACAUCUGAACAGCGCUCAGACUGAUCUCGUCCUCGUCGCGCUCAAGGUCUGGAAUGCCCUCUCAGAUUAUGGAGGAGGUAUGGAAAAGCUCAAGGUCUAUGAACAAUUCAUGUGGAGCAACAAGUCGCUCUUUCGAUUGUUUCAUAUGAGAAGAAAGGGGCAAAUAGACCUGAGUGUUGACCCCUUCAUCAAACCGGACAUUCGUACACUUUACAUCAUGUUCCUCCUGAGCUUCGUCCGCUCAUCUGUCGCGCCCACAAUCAAGGCAACGUUCCUCGAAACCCAGCGUGAAAUCUUCCUUGCGAUUUUCAAGAGGAUAUCAGAAGAUCCUUAUCCGCUAGUCAAGACCAUUCUCGAAGUGAGCUGGGAAGGCAUCUGGCGCGACAAUAAAAUCAAGCGCACCGUGAAGAUUGGGUUGUUUGGUGAACAAGUGCUAUCUCAAUUGACGAAGCUCUAUGCAAGGGCUUCUUUGGAAACUCCAGACCCAGAAAGCAAGCCGGCUGACGUCGUCCAUCACUUCCUACUUGCUAUUUGCACCAAACCAGGUAUCGGAAUCUGCUUCAAGGAUAAUGGAUGGUACCCAAGAGAUACUGGUGACGAUCAGGAUGCAGAAGAGGAUCUUGAGCGGCCGAGCGCUCAGCAAGGGUCGUCGGGAAGCAAAAUUUACAAUCGCAUCCUGGGACGGUUCAUAAAGACCCUCCGUCCCACAGAGGAUGCCAGGCAACAAGAGCUUGCACUUCGCAUUCUCCAAGCGUGCCCUGAACUUGUCGCUGGUUACUUCGCAGCUAUUGGUCUUUCCUUCGAACCAAGGUUAUCGUCGAAAUGGAUCAUUGCCAUGAGCUGGCUCGGGUCCGUCAUCUCUCUAUCGAUACCUACCGAAAGCUUCUCGUCCUCGACUGGGAACACACAAGAAUAUCAUUCGGCUCCUCCCCCCUUAUUAGCUAUAAUGGACAACGUGUUGCCAUCGCCUUGGUCAAGGACAUACAUCACCAAGGGACUUCAGAGUACAUCCAGUCUCGUUCAGCAUACCACAGCGCUAUGCCUUAUUCGCGCUAUCAACAAAUUUGAUUUGAUCAUACGCCUAUUCAAGAAGGCAGAGGAAGUACUAGCAGAGGAUCCUAUAACUGGUCAAUGGGCGUUGAGAAGGAAAGAGAUGGAGAAAGACUUUCGAAGGAGGACGCCACCCUUCGAAGUAAUUGUCGCUUUUGCCCAACAAAAGGCUUCGAAUACUCAGUGGGGCAUAAAUGUUGAGUCUUUAUCCUCGUCUCAAGCGCUGAGAGGCAGUAUGACCACCGAAGCAGCCUUGCGCUUGAUGUGGCUAUACUACAAGGUGUUACCAGAUCUUCCAUUGGAAGCGAGAUACGACGUGAGCAAGCUACUCCACGGAGGAGUCGGAAACAGCUUUGCCGCCUCGCUAGCAGCUCUUUCAAGCGCCACACGAGGCGAGAUAGGAUUCGACGCCGUUUGCCAACUACAUGUUUUGCGACUUCUUCAGCUUAGCGAUCAGUUCAUUUGGCAUACAAGCACAGGCGACUCUCAGCAAACUCAACUCCGACAAAUAAUUCAUCUCUACAUGCUACCAACAGGACCAAUACUGUCAGAAACAUACUCCGACCUUCUCAGAUCGGUGCUCGCUCCGAGUCCGCUCUUUGAGCAUGACCCUCAGGAAUUGAAUGUCUGGCUGGAAGCCCUUCCAAGAGGAGCAAGGCGCGUCAAUGCCAAGGACCCGGACGGCGCAGCAUUGGCUGACGAGCGAGACACCAUGAGCCUCGUUCUGGAUCAGUGCAUUCGUACAUGCAUCAAGUCGCCGUGGCGGUAUAUUGAAGCGGCCCAAUCGUACUACUUGCUUGCCUAUCCAGCGGCCAACUCUUCGGAUGAGAACCACAAGGAGGCUCUCGAAGGUUACACACACUUCCACGCUGCAAGUCCGCUUCUGGUAGCACUGCUGGAUACCUUUGGUUCCAUUCUCAGCGGCAGCACCGACUCGCCGACGUCCGCUGCUUUGGCAAUUGUAACCUAUUUGCGACAAGUGAUACUAGGUGUCAGUAUCAAACAACCAGACGAACAGUAUGCGGCCAGGGUCGCAAAUAGACUGGAGCGAGCUGUGUCAGAAUCUGACAAGAGUUCUCAUUCGGCGACAUUACUCGAAGGCAUUUCGCGUGAAAUCCGAAUUCUCAGGUCUACUCUACCGCUGUCAAAGCGACCGCCUAUCGGUGUUACUGUACACGAGGGACCUGAGGUAGCAGAUUUUCUAGACGCGGUAGAAUCACUACAUAUUGAUCCCGAAAAAGGGGCCCUUAUGGCCUACGAACUCGUGGAUUGGGUUCGUUUGAGUGAUCAGAAUCUCUCGCCAAAUUCUAUUCAGAGAGCUGUUUCUCUCAUUCGAGACUGGCAUCCUCCGGCAAUGCGCGAGCUCCUUCUUCAAUUAGAUCCUAGUGUGACGCCUUCAGUGGCAUUGAUCGGAGGAUUUUCGACAAAGGAAGUCAUGGCAUUCCCAUGGCUUCUUUUCCAUGCGUCGUCUGCCCAACUGCACCAUGAUGAUACGCUCGAGCUGUUAUCUUCCGUCGGGGCAAGGUGUCGUGGCUACGCCACUCAAAUGUCUUGUGCUGUCUUGAGACGAAGGGUGGACCAUCUCGCCGGCGAGGGCAAUGAAGAUAUUCUCGUGCAGCACAUUCUGCUGUGGUCGCACAUUCUCAUGAAGCUCAAAGAUCCUCUUUCCCGGAAAACACAUCAGCAAUGGGCAUUGGAGAGCGAUUCUAUGCAAUCACUUCUCACACAAGGCGUAGAGAACGGAAAGUUAAUUUCUGGCAAGUUCCCAUAG